AUGCGCUUCUCUGCCGCAAUGUCGACACACGAUUCGAACCCCUCAAACUCCCGCCCUCCCGCCGCUCGCAUAAAUCCACUGGUUGGAAGUCAUGCUCCUGCGCAACCGCAGGUUCUUUCCAAUGAACCGUCGGUUUCGACCAAGCCCUCUCCACCGUCCAACUCCAGCCUGCCUCUCACCCCCCCGCCCCCUCCUCCCCCUCCCGCGACUUCAGAAGAUGCCGGGUUGGAAUCUUCAAAGGCGCAGGCCAAGCAGUACCCCUAUACGGCGGCCGAUGCUUCCACCCCCAUCAACCUCGAUAUCGCUUCCAUCAUCACCAACAAGUCAGCCGCCUACGGCCUCUCCCUCGGCAAUGGCGACCCUCUCUCGACCCCUCAGGUUCGCACCGCUGCCGUCACCGGCCGCACUGUCUUUGUCAAGGACCGCCUCACGCCCACAUCGGCUCCCACGCCGACGAUUGCCCUACGGGUGCUCGAACGCAUGUGCCGGGAUCAAAAGGUCCGCAACAAGUAUCACUCGCAAAAGUUUCACGAACGCAAGGGCCUCCGCAAGAAACGAUUACGCAGCCAACGGUGGAGAGCCCGCUUCAAGACGGGCUUCAAGGCAACCGUCAACCGCGUCAUCGAGCUGAAGAAGCAGGGUUGGUAG